GGGAGAGAGAGAGAGAGAGAGAGAGAGAGAGUGAGAGAGAGAGGCGCUGCUAUUACUAGUGACAGGAAACGGCAGCGAGCAUAUACAGUCUGGAGAGCAGCUGAUGCGACAAGAUGCUGAGCAUCGCCUUGCUGUGUGCGUGCGCUGUCGCCUUUGGACACGUCGCUGCUCGCUCCGAAAGCGGCAAUUUUUUGGAUGAUAAAUGGCUUGCCGGAAGAUGGGAUAAAUUCCGAGAUGAAGUGGAGGAGCCUGGAACAUGGAGUCCAGCCAAGCCCUUCGAUCAAGGCCUUGAUCCAGCCAAAGAUCCCUGUCUGAAGAUAAAAUGCGGUCGCCACAAGGUGUGUGUGGCUGAGGAUUACAAGGCAGCCACUUGUGUCAGCCUGAGGAGAGUCAGUUUUAAGGACCCCAGUUUGUACCAGAAUCCAGGUUCAAAGUGCAAACCCUGCCCAGUGGUUCAUCCCUCCCCUGUGUGCGGAACUGAUGGACAUACCUACUCCACCAAGUGUAAGUUGGAAUACCAGGCAUGCAUCACCGGAAAGAAGAUCGCUGUGAAGUGCCCUGGCAUGUGUCCUUGCCCCUCUCAGCCUGAACACAGCUCUGCAGAGAAGAAAGUGUGCAGUGAAGCAGACCUGAAGGAGGUGGUGAGUCGUCUAAGAGACUGGUUCAGAGUGCUGCAUGAGAAUGGAAACCACAAGAGAGUCAAGAUCCAGAAACCAGAGAAGAACAAGUUUGAGGUUGGGGCUUCACCUAUCUGUAAGGAUCCUCUGGGCUGGAUGUUCUCCCGCCUGGACACGAACUUUGACCUCCAGCUUGACGAGUCGGAGAUCAAGAGCCUUUACCUGGACAGGAAUGAGCCGUGCUCCGAUGCUUUCUUUAGAUCCUGCGACACGCAUGCCGACAAAGUUAUAACCAGCUCAGAGUGGUGUACAUGCUUCCAGAGGCACACAGAUUCCCCUUGUAAAGCAGAGCUGUCAAGCAUCAACAAAAAGCAGGCUGGGAAGAAGCUGCUUGGCCAGUAUCUGCCAUCCUGUGAUGAGGAUGGUUACUACAGGUCCCACCAGUGCCACAGCAGCAGUGGCCAGUGCUGGUGUGUGGAUCGCUAUGGCAACGAGGUGGCUGGAUCACGCACCCAUGGCCCAGCAGACUGCGGUGUGGUUUUGGAGUCUUCUGGAGACCUCGGGAGCGGAGACUCUCUGUUCUCUGAUGACGAUGAAGAUUCCUUCGUCCUCAAUGACCAGGCUGGGAUGGAUGACGAGGAUGACGAGGAUGAGGAGGAUGACGAUGACAACGAAGAAUAUCUGUCGUAAUUUAAUUUGAUUUUUUUUUAAAGAGAAAAGAAAAAGAGAAAACUGUUCAUUUGGUCCAACUGCACGUUUCUAGGUGACUCCCCAGGCAGAUACUUAAUCGUACUAACAGCCUAUGGACUACUCUCUGUGUAUUGUUUGUUCAUAAGUAAAUACCAAUAUUCCUGGCAAACGUUCAUGUUUUCUCUUCCUGUCUAAUAUAACAUAUGAUUGGUUAAAGGCACUUAUUCACUCGCUUGUCAGCCAACCAGAGAAAAUUACAACGACUAAUCGAAAGCCAAUCCAGUGGUUUGGAUGUGGUGACGUGUGCAACGACCUCUCCCUUCAUUGGACAGUCCAUGUCUUUUAGUGUGUCCUGUCCUUGUGCAGCACUCUGAUGCCUGAGUGUGCUGAUGCCUUAGGCAUAAUGUUAAAGAGAUUUCUCCUCUUCUUUAUCCCCCCCUCCUCAUCCUCUCUUCCCUUCCCCUUUGUUCCUUAUCUAAUGUUCCUGUGUAUAGGUGGGAUGUUGAUGAUGUAGAUAUGAGAAUAUUGCACUCUUUAGGUUUCUUUUGAUCCCGAUUUGCAAACUAUAACCUUAUGGAAAUGUGAGAUAAGAGUUAGACAUGCUUCAUUAGAAGAAUUAAGGCAAAAACGCAGUGUGAGUUGGAUAGCAAUCAGAACCGACACGGCUAGUUGUUUUCACUGAGACACAAAUCAAGACAAAUCAUCUCAAAAGGCUUCGCAACAGGAACAGCCAAGCUGCUGUUAGAAAAAAAAAGACUGUGGUGUUGGAAAAAAAAAAAAAAAAAAACAUUAUCUAUUUUUCUAAUCCAUUGUUCGACAAAUACAGAGGAUUAAACAGAUUUGGUGGUAGCAUGUCUAAUACCGCGUGCUGUAGUUUCACUCUGUAGGACCGGAGGCUAAACCUGUGUGGAAGUCAUAAUGGAAUUUGGGGUUGAAAUAAUGCCUCAAGCACGAACAGAUGAAACCACACCAACAGAGUUAUAGCCUGCUUAAGCCACAAUCUUUUGAAAACGUGUAAUAACACUGUAUACUGACCUUUUAUACAUCAGAGAGCUGAAGCAUAAUCUCAUCGUAGCUCGCCAUUAAAGAUUAUUGUAACUUGGUAAAUUUUCAGAUGUAAGCAGAGCAUACAGUAUUUAAAUAAAAUCGUGUAAAAAUAUGAUUUGAGCACACAGUGUAACUCAGUAACUCUCUUACACACAUAAAAACACAGACUUGUGCACUACACACCUGUUUAGGGUAUGGUGUUUGGGGGUAAGGUGUGCCUUUUGUUGGUAAGGACCGAUAUGGAAGGAGAAGCAUGCAUACUGGACUGGACCUGACAUAAGCCCGUCAUUACACUGCAUAAGAGCGGCAUUUAUUUCAUAAGGCAGAAGGAAACUUAGACAGCAUUCUUUGGUCUUUGAAUGCUUAGUGUUUCGGAUGUCUCCUAUGACGGCUUUACACGGGCCAUAUUUCAGAUUUUCCCUCUUGAUUUGUUACAUAGAAUAGCUAGAAUGUAGAGAAGCACAGAGAUACUUAGCAGUUAAGGUAUACAGUACAAACACAUACUUAGAUUCUGCUGGAGUUGAAAAUGUUUUAUAUAUUAGUACAGUGGCUAGACAAAGCUUUUGGUUUAGACAGCUUUAUUUUAAAAAAACAAAAAUAAAAAAGAUGAUCAUCUUACAUUGUUUGCUUUUAUUUUGUUUCUAAAGCUUGACCUUUACCCGAUCUGCUCUAAGAACAUGUAAAAUGUGUCAGGGCUGAAAACUUGGGUUUAAAAGUGAUUCCAGAUUUGUAUAUUCUCGAUAGGUCCUGUGACUGUGGCUGUUACGGUUAUACAAACCUGGUACCAGCUGAACUCUUAUGUCUUUUUUUUUUUUUUUUUUUUUUUUUUUUUUUUUUUAGUAAUCUGCUGUUGGGCUUCAUUUUAAAUCUCUUCUCUUGAAAUUCCAUGUUAAGACCUGAAAAGUGCCAUCUAUUUUCCAAUGAGAUUUUUUCCCCCCAUUUUCCCCCCAUUCCUUUUAACUUGGAAUUUCAAUACACUUUUUGAAUCGGAAUACAUGUCAAAGUCUUAGAGUGUGUCGUUUCUUUGGUGUGAUGACAUGCGAAUCAUUUUGAUAACCUCUGACACUGUAGCCAUGCUCAACCAAUCACACGCUGUCAUCACAGGUCUGGUAUAGUAUUGUUUAAAGGUUAUGAAACAGAUGCAUUUUUUACAGUGUAUGUAUGAUUUGCUGAAAUAAAAGCUAUAUUGACCAACA